AUGGAGUUGAACGAUCUUCUCAGAUUCCUAGGGUUAUGUUUUAGUGAGCAUAAUAAUUCCUCUAUCCAGAGAAAUACAAAGAAAAGCAUUACCUCUGCCUUCCGUUGCUUCUUGUCCAAUCCAGAUUUUUCCAGUUGUGACUAUUCGUUGUGCAAAUUACACCCAGGUUGGCAGGAUGAUCUGAACUACUACUAUGAUUUAAAGAAUGGCCUCCACCUUUCUUGGUCACCGCUUUCUCACACAUCUGAUUCACUUGUAUAUACUGUAUUUUUAAAAUGGCAUCCUCAGUGUUGUGAGAAGAUAGAAAGGGCUUCAUCUCCUAUCACGAAAGAACGGAAAUGCAUUCUUAUAAAUUCAAAUGUGACUAUAUGGGUAACAGCGAGUUAUUCCCAUGAAAGCUGUGUGACAACAAAGAAAAUUUCAAUUAUUCCUAGCAAAAUAGAAAAAUGUCCCUCACCCUUCAACAUAAAAGCAUAUCAAUUAUUCAAUAAGCUAAUAAUAACAUGGGAGUCCCCACGACAUAUACUACAAUAUGAAUUGCAAUACAAGGAAGCGACGCAAAGAAUCUCACCCUGGAUACCGGUCCCCAUGAAGAUGAAAGCCUUUAAUGUAACUAUCUCUGAUGUAAACCCAGCAGCAUCCUACAUGGUUCAUCUCAGAUGCAUACCCAGGAGUAAUGGAUGUUCUGUUUGUCUUUGGAGCAAGGAAAUUAGUAUCCCAUAUAAACUUACUAAAAAGCCAACAGUUUUGGGAAAUAUAACUGAAGAAAUCUCACAAGGGAAAAGAAGUCUCUUUCUUACAUGGAAGACAUGUGAAAGCAGGCAUACCAUUGGGUAUUUUAUAAAUAUUAAGAGAAUGCCUGACCCCUUCCAGGGAGUAACAUCCCUCAACCUAAAGAAGGCUUGGCUGCAUCUGAAUCUCUCAAUGGCAACUUACAGAAUCGAAAUCACUGCCCAUAAUGAACUAGGAAACUCCUUUUCAGUGACAUACAUCGUUCCAGAAUUCAUUUCCACAUAUUCAGAUUUACCUGGUCGUAUCAUUAUCUCAAAUCAGCAAAAUUAUACCACUAUAACCUGGAAGCUAAAAUAUAACCCUGAUUGCCUUGCUAUUGACUGGGGCACUGGAAUAGAAGACAUGAAAUCUAAAUGUUUGUGUCAAAAUGAGACAAACUUAAUACUUGAUAACCUCCAACCGUAUCAGUUAUAUAAAGUAAUGUUGCAUGCAUUGGACCGUCAAAGCAAGGACUUAAUGAAAGAUGAAAGGACAUUGGCUGUGGCCAACUUCUACGCAGUAGAAGGAGUUCCCAGGAUAGGUCCAGCUAAUGUAACAAUUCCAGUUGUGGCCAAGCAUUCAGCUGUUGUGAAAUGGACUGAUAUACCUGCAGAAGAAUGCUUAGGUUUCCUUUUGGGCUAUAGAAUUCACUACACAGAAGUCCUAAACAACAUCUCUUGGGCUGUUAGUCUCAAUUCUUCGAUGAAGCAGCACCUCUUGACUGAUCUCAAAGCAAAAACCCUUUAUAGAGUCUACAUCUCUGGCAUCACUAGGAAGGGAGAAGGAGCUCAAAGCCAGCCACAAGUUUUUGCUACGCUGAAAUACGAUCAAGGAGAAUUUGAAGGAAUGGUUGUUGGUCUCUGUCUUGGCACCAUAAUAACCCCAGCUAUUAUUGUCACAAUUUGUUCCUUAGUACUGAAACGAUCAAGGAAAUCAUGCUGGCCACCUGUCCCAAAUCCAAGAGACAGCCGUGUUAUGCAAGUUGUGGAAAGACCUUUUCCAGUGGCUGUCCUGAGACCCAGCUUACAGCCAUUGCUUCCUUCACCACCAUUGAAUCAAGCCAAUAAGCUUUAUGUGGUAAAGAAUGAUUUGGGGACAUUUCCCCAGCAAAUGUUCUUGUCAACAAGCCCACCAACUGAGAGAGUUUCCACAGAGUAUUCCGAAGCAGUUGUAGGGGAAAAGGAAGGAAUCAUCCCCAACCCUCUGAAAAUUCAUAACACAGUAAAUGCCAGUGAGAAGGGAAAGACGGGCCUUCACCUUGAUUAUAUUGGUAUGGAAUUCAGCCACAAAGCCAUGCAGAAGCGUUCAGUGAAUCUGCCUGUGAGAGCAGUCCAUCCCCAGAAGGAGUUGUCCAAAAGCUCAGGAAGCAAAGGAGAAUCACCAGUAUGUUGUUCUCAAGAUUCAGUCGAGCAAAGUCAGUGGUACCUCAGGCAAUAAGCCCGUCCUCAGAAAGUAUAUCCAAAUGUGAGCAGAAUCUUCUUACUAGUAGAUGAAGGGAAUGUAAUUAGAAUUAAUAUUGGCGUAAGUAACAAUUGUUUGAUAGAUUCUAAUCAGGCAAUCUUAUUGAAAUUAUUGAUUUAUUUCAAGUUACAUUGCAUAUGUCAUUGGGAAGGGCCUAAUUAUAAUUACAAAUACAGCUGAGCUUAAGUUCUGCCACACAAAUAUAUUACUUUCUACCAUGGGAAUUUAAUUAUUUUUAAACCCAAUGAUUUAUAUCUGGAGGGAUGGUUGUGAGCUAUUGAAGGUACAGUUUAAAAGCUUAGGUGCCAUCUCAUUCCAUCCUUAUGUAGAUCUUUUUUUUUUCCUAGUCUAAAUUGUACCCAACUUUUCUCACAAUUCAGUUCUAUUUGUAGCAAUGGAUUUAUACAUAUUUUCAAAUUGUGUUAGUCAAGUACAGUAGUCAAAGCUUGAACAAUUUCUUCAACUAACAUUACAGUAUAAUCUGAAGUCUAAGGGCUGUAUUCCUUUUGAUGUCCUAAAGUUAUAUAAGGGUAAAUGGAUGCUACAACAGAAAUUAAUCAAUAUAUCAAAUAUGGAUAUUGAUGUUAUUUGUUAUGAACCAUAUUAUGUCUUUUUUGGUUAAGCUUAUCAAUUGUUUGUUCCUGAAGGUCUCUGGAUGUGAAUAAAGUCACCAAGAAGUUAGUAUUUACCUAUCAAACAGAGUGCAUGCUGUUCUGUAUUUAAACUUUAAGAUCAAUCUGGUCUACAAACUGCAUAUAUACACAAAACUCGUGUCAUAUGAUCCAUGUGAACAUACACUGCAAAUAGCACACUUAACAAUUUAACAUGCUGUUACCCUAUCUGCCAACAGAUGCAAAUGUUUUUGGUAAUUUAUCAAGUUUAAGUUGAUGUUGAACCUGAAGUAGGUUUUCCAGGUCGUUAAUAAGAUUGCUUGUGUCAGUAUAAAAGUUUCAAGAACAGUAAACAUAACAUGACUUAACUCUAACAACACAGAGCAGUUUUGUGUUUUUAGCCUUCCAGGGCCGGGUGAUGUGUCAUCUUUGAUUCUCAGCAGGGUUGCACUUCCCUGGACACAGUCAGUGCACAAUUUGGGGGUUCUCCCAGA